GCGGCGGGAUGGCGGGCGCGGGAGCGCCCCCUUUCCGCGGCUCCCGGCCCCGGCGGCCGCAAAUGGCUCUUCCCUCGCCGGCCCCUUUGUGUGAGGCACACUCGGAGCGGCGACUCCGCGGCAGAGCGCGGUGCGUCCCCUGCCACCGCCAGCCCAACCCAGCCCGGCCGGGCCGGGCCGAGCAGGGCCGAGGCGAGAGAGCCGGGCGGCUCGGGGCGGCCAUUCCACCGCCCCGGGGCCCCGCUCCCCCCGGGGUGCGCGGGGGGCCCGGCUGCUAUUGCCACCUCCCCCCCAGUGCCCCCCCGGCCCUCGCUGUGGUGGGCGACAAAAAUACACCUCCACCAAACCAUAGCAAAUAAAUAACAAUAAUAUUUUUUAAAAAAAGAAAGAAAAAAAAGGAAAGAAAGAAAGAAAGAAAGAAAACGGGAAAAGAACAGAGGGAGCGAGCGAGAGGGAGGGAGGGAGAAGCGAACCAACUCCGAGACUCCCAUAAAGAGCGGCACGCACGGAGCGAGCGCCCCGGUGCCGAUGCGUGGGGGAAACAAUAAGUACUCGAAGUUACCUGCCCUGCCGUAGAAGAAGGAGGGUUCGUGGGUUCUCUCGCAGACAUCUGCAGACCGGUGCUUUUUUGGAAGAGAUUUUUUUUUUCUCUCCUCUCUCUCUCUCUUUACAAACCACAAACGGAUGUGAGGCAGGGAAGGUGUUUGACUACUGAAGUCAGGCACCUCUUUUUUUAUUCUUCUCAGUCUUGUGUGUCCCCCCCCUUCCCUCACACACACACACACAUACACACACUCACACACUCUUACACUCACACCCCCUUUUUUGCACCAACAUUAACGACCAAAAGAAAAGAGUUUGCUUGAUGUUUUAGUGAAAUGGACGUAAGAUUUUAUUCACCACCUCCUCAGCCUGCAGCCGCUCCUGAUACGCCUUGUUUGGGACCUUCCCCCUGCCUGGACCCCUACUAUUGCAACAAGAGCCAAGGUUAAAAGGAGCAGGAGCCCAGCUGGGAGAGUUCAGAGUUCAUCUCUGCAUGUUCACUGUCUUCUAUUUAAAUGUACACAAAGGACUAAUACAGUACCCGCUCUCCCCUGGGCUGUCUUUGAUACACUCUGCUGUGCCUGGACUCUGCCACUCCUCCCAUCAGUCUGAUCCUACUUCUUUUAGCCCGCUGUGCUCAGCACUGUAACCUCAUUCAGCUAGUGCUCUGCAUGCAGGCUAACAACUUCAAGGCUCUGUCAGGCACUGACACAUGCAGGCUCCAAGCGGGAAGCUAAACACUCCCCUUCACCUUUCCUGCAGUUUCACAUUAACCUCUAUUAAGUGCAGGAAAAACACAAAUGCUGUAGUGCCAUUAUUCAGGUUUUAACAACCAGUGUAUAUUUAGAUAUUCAGCCAGCUCUCCACCUAUGAGAACAUACUCAGCAAACACUGUCUCCUCCCUUUCUCCCAAUGAGAGAGGGCUGUAUUUCUGUAACUCCCAUUUCUCAACACUAGAUCUCAUUAUACCACUGUCAGGAAGGCUGACAUCUUGCUAUCAGACAUCUUUCCACGGUUUUGACGGUGAAAACAUGUAUAUGAGUAUGACAGAACCAAGCCAGGACUACGUGCCAGCCAGCCAGUCUUUUCCUGGCCCAAGCCUCGAAAGUGAAGAUUUUAACAUACCUCCUAUAACUCCUCCGUCAUUGCCUGACCACUCCCUGGUGCACUUGAAUGAGAUAGAGUCUGGGUACCACUCCCUGUGUCAUCCCAUGAACCACAAUGGCCUCCUUCCAUUCCACCCUCAAAACAUGGAUCUACCUGAAAUUACAGUUUCCAACAUGCUUGGCCAAGACGGGACACUGCUUUCCAAUUCCCUCUCUGUGAUGCAAGAUUUACGGAAUACAGAAGGAGCCCAGUAUAGUUCCCAUCCUCAGAUGGCAACCAUGAGGCCAAGGGUUCAACCUGCAGAUAUUAGGCAGCCAGGAAUGAUGCAGCACGGGCAGCUGACUACUAUUAACCAGUCCCAGCUCAGUGCACAGCUUGGUUUGAAUAUGGGUGGAAACAGUGUUCCUCACAACUCGCCCUCUCCACCUGGAAGCAAAUCUGCAACUCCUUCACCAUCCAGUUCAGUCCAUGAAGAUGAAGGAGAAGAUAGCUCUAAGGUCAAUGGUGGCGAGAAGAGGCCUGCUUCAGAUAUAGGAAAGAAACCCAAAACUCCCAAAAAGAAGAAGAAGAAGGACCCAAAUGAGCCACAGAAGCCUGUGUCUGCCUAUGCAUUAUUUUUUCGAGAUACUCAAGCAGCCAUCAAGGGCCAAAACCCCAAUGCUACUUUUGGUGAAGUCUCUAAAAUUGUAGCGUCAAUGUGGGAUGGCUUAGGAGAAGAACAAAAACAGGUAUACAAAAAGAAAACCGAAGCUGCCAAGAAGGAGUAUCUGAAGCAGUUAGCUGCCUACAGAGCAAGCCUUGUAUCCAAGAGCUACAGCGAACCUGUUGAUGUCAAAGCCUCCCCGCAGCCUCAGAUGAUGAAUUCAAAGCAGUCAGUGUUUCACGGGCCUGCCCAGGCUCACUCCGCACUGUACCUCAGCUCCCACUACCACCAACAGCCAGGAAUGAACCCUCACAUCACUGCCAUGCACGCCAACAUCCCCAGGAACAUCGCGCCCAAGCCCAGCAGCCAGCUGCCAGUGACUGUUUCCAUAGCCAACAUGGCAGUGUCCCCACCGCCGCCCCUGCAGAUCAGCCCCCCCCUGCACCAGCACCUCAACAUGCAGCAGCACCAGCCGCUCCCCAUGCAGCAGCCCAUCGGAAACCAGCUACCCAUGCAGGUCCAGUCCGCUCUGCACUCGCCUACCAUGCAGCAAGGAUUUACUCUUCAGCCUGAUUAUCAGAAUAUCAUCAAUCCAACAUCAACAGCUGCACAAGUUGUUACCCAAGCAAUGGAGUAUGUUCGUUCAGGGUGCAGAAAUCCUCCAGCACAGACUGUGGACUGGAAUAAUGACUACUGCAGUAAUGGGGGCAUGCAGAGGGACAAAGCACUCUACCUUACCUGAAAAUCUGAAACACCUCUCCUUUCCACUGAGGAAUGCAGGGAAGUCUUUUCAUCAUGGAUUGCUUUAUGCAGUCAAGGCAGUUCUGCAUUUUAUUAGAAAAUACAAGUUGCUAAGCACUUAGGACUAUUUGAGCUUGUGGGUCACCCACUCUGGAAAAAAUAGUCUUGCUUCUUUCCUUUUCUUUUCUUUUUUUUUUUUUUCCCUACUUUUUCUCUUUCUUUCUCCUUUCCGCCCCUUCCCUGAGAUCCUUUAACGGACAUUGCUUUUCUUCUUCCCUGAAGGAAACUUGGACCAUUCAGAUUUUAUGUUGGUUUUUGCUGUGAAGUGCUGCGGUAGUAACUGCCUUAGCAACUGUAGAUGUCUCGGAUAAAAGUCCUGGAUUUUCCAUUGGUUUUUCAUAAUGGGUGUUUAUAUGAAACUACUAAAGACUUUUUAAAUGGCUUGAUGUAGCAGUCAUAGCAAGUUUGUAAAUAGCAUCUAUGUUACACUCUCCUAGAGUAUAAAAUGUGAAUGUUUUUGUAGCUAAUUGUAAUUGAAACUGGCUCAUUCCAGUUUAUUGAUUUCACAAUAAGGGUAAAAUUGGCAAACAUUCAUAUUUUUACUUCAUUUUUAAACAACUGACUGAUAGUCUAUAUUUUCGAAGUAUUUGGAGAAAAAAAAAGUAAAGUAGUCCCAAAUUAUAUUAAUUAAAAAUAUUGGCUUUGUCUCAUGAAAUAAAUACAAAAAAAACUUAGGAGAAAAAACUAAUGUUGAUAAAGAGCAAACGCAUUUAUUUUGUACUGCCUAAAAAAAAGCUUUUUUUUUUAAAGAAAAUCACUUUAUGUGUACUGAUUAGUAAACGUCAUUUAAGUCUUUUUAUGUAUAAAACUGCCAAAUGCUUACCUGAUAUUUUAUUAGAUGCAGAAACAGAUUGGAGACAGCUAAAUUAUAACCUCUACAUAUGGCUAUGUAUUAUUGUUUCUUCAUACUGUGUCUGUAUUUAAUCUUUUUUAUGGAACCUGUUGCGCCUAUUUAUGAAAUAAUAAAUAUAGGUGUUUGUAAGUAAAUUUGUUAGCAUUUUAAAGAGGUUUCUUUGACGCUUUAACUUUUGCUGGCACAAAUUGUUCACAACUGAUGUGAAUACUUUAUUUAGUUUUUACAGUGACAAAUAUAACAACAAACCUGCUUUAUUGGCAGAAAAUGAAGGUAACCAAGAACUAUUUCUCUAUUUCUUUGGUUGUUAAGGAAAAGAAAAACGGUAUUUUAAGUAAUUCCCUUUUUAAAGCAUUGGUGCAGGAAGUUGCCCAAAACUAAGACUUGAACCAACAAAACUAACUGAAUAAAACUGCAUAACACUGCUUCUUGAAACUUCACCAUGUUUUGUUAAUUUGUCAAGUGGAAUAAACAUAUUACCAAAAGAAACAUUACCAAAUAUGCUUCAGCCAUUUUAUUAUAUAUGCAAAAGUCCUACAGAAUUUUAGGGAGUAUAUCAGAAAUAAAUCCUAAAAUGAAAGGUAAGUUCAACGGCCACAGGGAAAGGGAUAAAAAUAUCCAAAAGGUAUUUUGUCAAUGUCUGGGAGAAGGGAUAGCUCUGAAAAUACAUUUCUGGAUGACUUUGUCCCAGAUGCCUGUCCCAUUAACGGACAGUAGCUCUGAUUUGUAUUUUCUGUGUGAAAUAAAGGAAGCAAUUCAGAUAGAAUACACAUUCGGCAAUGCCACUGGUUUUUCUUUAUAAAACAAAACAGAAACAAAGGCAUGCUUGCUUCUGAAUGAUUUCAGGCAAUGUACAAUCGGAAUCACUUGGCAUGUAAUAACUAAUAAAUAAUGCAAAUCAGAUGUGAUUACUCAAAUGACUGUAGCUGAGAGCUCUAAUUUUCCUGUCUUGAAACUGUAUGAGAACUCGUGAUUAAAUUCACAGUUUAUUGUUUGUCUGUUUAGUACUUUAGAAAUGUACCAGCACUACUAAUUACCCAAUGUCUUCUAUUUAUUAUAUUAUAGUAAACUACAUUUUCCACUCAUAUUAAUUCUAAAGAGAAAAAGAUAAUUACUGGGAAUGAGAAAAAUCAACUUUGAUUUUGACAGGCAGUUUUCCCUUUUCUUUUAUGGAAAAGAACUGUGUUAUCUUCAUUUCUUUUAAAGCAGGUGCGCAGUCACAUAAAGUUGUUAAUUUCGGUAUACAAGCAGAGUUCAAAAUACAAGAAAACUUUAAUGUAAAUAAAAAAAUACAUCAUGAAUAAAAUACUUAUUCUGUAUGAA